CAGGUCAAAUGCUGCGAGAAAGAAUCUCGGACGCAGGUAAUUCAAUGGUUUAAGCUUCAGCAGCCCGCGCAGGAAUGAGCCGUGCAAUUCAACCACCUCAAGCCAUUUGGCCAAUCCAGAACCCCGGGGAACGCGAAGUCGGCGUCAACUCGCGCGUGAAGCACAGCGUGCGGGAUGACGUACGUUUUGUCCCGCUGAAUGGGCUGAGGACUGCCUUAGCUGGAAGUGGGUGUAGACCGCGAAGGAGGCUCCCGGAAGACUCCUUUCUUGGUAGAAGUUCUAAUGGCUGGCAUGACGCUCGGAAGGGCUUGGCAACAGAUGUCUUGGUUCUAUUACCAGUAUCUGCUCGUUACCGCUCUCUACAUGCUGGAACCCUGGGAGAGAACUGUCUUCAAUUCCAUGUUGAUUUCCAUUGUUGGAAUGGCAUUAUACACUGGAUACAUCUUCAUGCCUCAACAUAUCUUGGCAAUAUUACAUUACUUUGAAAUUGUACAGUGAAUACAGUGUGUUCAAGAAGCAACGGACCAGAGAUUCAUUGCAAGGAAGAAACAACCUCCCUUGGUUAAAAUGAGACUUCAGCAGAUUCCAGACAUAUUAUUAAUAUAAAGACUAAAUUUCAUAUUACUAGGACAAAGAAGUGAUCCUGAUUAACGUGUUGUAUUAAUUAAUUAUUCAAGUAUUCCCUUCCUACAAUAGUUUUGUCUACUUUGACAUUGUGGUUCUUUGUACUCUAAAUAUCAGUAUUUUCUUAACUUUUGAAACUGUUUGACUAUUGUUCUGUGAAAGCUUUUCUUAAUGUAACAUUGAGUAAAUUUUAAUUGCUUUCUAUUUUUUAAUCUGAAAUCAUGAGUUAGGCCUCUUGCUUCGGCAGUUGUCUGGCACAAAAAUCUAUCUGAAUAUAUUUAUAAGUCCAAAAUUUUGUAAAAGUAACAACAAGAUAAAAUGAGAAUAUUUUAAUUAAGAAACUUCUUUGUAAGUUUGUGUUCAUGAGUAGUUUCAGCUGUCUAGAUUGUGUUUAAUAAAAAACUUUUAUUUUGCUUUAGUGCUUUUAAAAAAUUUUUUUUCUCCCUUAACAGUAGAAGAGCAAAGAUCCCUUCUAGAGUUAAUAAAAGAAUACCUGAUUUAAUAAAAGCUUGGAAAAGUAA